CAAUCCUGGUGGUGGUUAAGGUUAACCAACUCGAGCUAGCAUAUAGGCUGCUUAGAUCUUACACCAAUUUUUUGUCAGAACGACAAGUCGUUACAUCGUUCAGCAACACUACGAUAAACUAUAAAAGGAAAAUUUGCCCAGCUUGAGAUGUAUAUAGCACGUCAACACAGAAUGUGGUUUUCGACUCGCUUUCUGGUGCUCAUAUAUCUUCGACUAAACUCUCGAAACUUUAACACCAAUAAUACAGAAAUUUCUUGAUUAAGCUUAGUUUUGCUUUCGACUAAAUUCGAUUUCGUUAGGUUUGAUUUUCAGCUUAUUCUUCGUUAGAAGCUACCAAAAUGCUGCAAUGGAUGGGAGGAUCGAGGAGGAAAGUGACUACUAAAUUUGAAGUCGAGGAAGUCCAUACAAAAGAGGCAAAAGCAAUACUUUGAACAAAAGAGAAGACUGCAGCACCAGCAGACAGCUGGGUUUGAGAGCUCUGAAGGAGGAGGAAAUAAAUGGGAGCAAAAUUACAAAGAGCAUCGAUCAUUGGAUAUUCUCAAUUUGCUAAACCUUUCCACAAGUUCCCAAGACUACAAGCUUGCUUGUCCUCGUGGGAAGAUCCAAAGGUCAAUCCUUCUACAGUCAAAAGUCAUAUUAUUACGAAUCCACCAAUGAUUCAAGGCAGCACAGUCAAUCCUGCAGAUUCUCUUGAAAUUAAGACAGCCAGCUCUCCGUCACAAAUCCAAGUGGAGACUCUAUCGCCUAAGAAGGUUCAGUUUGGUUCUCAAGAUAAUCACAGCAAUGCUUUCUAUGAAAUUGAUAACAAACUAGAUCUAUGGAAGACAGCAAUUCAACAAGAAUCAUCUGUUUUUGAUUUGCUUAGUGAUGAUGAAUCAAAUGGAAAUUUGUUAGGAAGUCCAACUCGUGAAGCUCAUGUUGCAUUUUCAGUUGCUGGUUUAGGUAAAGUGGGUACAGAAACACCCCCUUGCUCGCCGCUUCAACCUGACCGAUAUGUUUCCUAUGGUUGCUCUUCACCAUCAAAGGCUGCAAGGCGACUAAACUCAUCAAGGAACCUUAAUUGUGUGCUAAAUGACCUUGAACUUGAAGUGGAUGCUAUAAUGCAAGAUAUUGAAAUGCCCCAGAGUGGCAGGUCUUUUGAACUUUCGACGGGGAUCAAGGACCCAUCUAGCAAGAUGAAGAAGAAAUUAUCCACUGUCAGAGACCACAUGCAACUUGAUGGCCAGGGCAGUAAAGUGAGAAGCUCAUUCGAUGAAGGAAAAGCAUUCUGUGAUACUGAGAAUGAUAAUGAAGAUUUUUGGGAUGCUAGGUCUAAUUUGUCAGAUGCCCAUUAUCUUGAUGAAUGUGAUUUGUCCUGGAAAAGCUGGCAAUCUCAUCAUAAUGGAGAUUUUCCUGAUAUUCUGAAGUAUGGAGGCAAUAAAAUGCCUAAUUAUGAUUUUGGAGGCUCCCGUCCACAAAAGAAAAGGGAUGCUCCGUAUGCAACAGAAAGCUUCAGUUUCUCAGAUUUGCCUGCUUCAAAGCACCAAACAUCAGAAAAUGAUUAUGAUUUCAUAACUUCCAAUGGGGCAAGUGGCAGGCGUCGUUUCGCUGGCACAAGUUUUGAUUUUGGAGAUGUAACUGGGCAUCCUGAUUGGCCUUGCUUCACUUCGGAAGAUGAAAGAGAAAGUAUGAGUUUGUUGAGUGAAGAGUCAUGCUCAUCCACAGCAGUCAGGGGCGAAAUAAACGAUAUUUCAGUAGCAAACUCCAGAGCAAGAAGACAUCAAAGUGAUUUUGGCAGUCGUGCAAUGAAGCAUGGUGAUAAAAUCAUUCUGGCUGAGGAAAAGCAUUUCGAUGCCCUGCAAAGAGACAAUGCAAGUUGGUCUGGAAAAUGCACUCAGAUGCCAGUUCUAUCAGAUUCCAAAUUAGCCUAUAACAUAAAUUAUCUUUCCCGGGAUAAAAUAGAACCAUAUCAAACUUGGUUGUUUGAAGAAGGAUAUAGGUCAACAGAUAUGAACCUCAGUACCAGUUCUCUAAGUGGAACCUCAGAGAAAAAACAUCCCUCCUCAGGCUUCAAGCCUUUUGCUGAAGAUAGUUUUGAUACAUUACCUGUCCAUGAACCAUAUAAUGAUGCUAAAUUCUCGUCCAUUAGGUCCAAAAAUUGUAGUCCUUUUAAAUCUCCACCAUCUGGUACUUGCAUCUCUAAAAAAGUGGUUUUCUGUGAACAGUCUAAUCACAAAAAGUCUCAUGAUUCUCCUAAGAACUCAAAGGUUGAGUUUUGGGCUACUACCGAGCCAGAUUUUGAGUUGGAAAGUAGACCUAUUCAUUCAUCACAAGAUGAUGUUUCUCAUGGGGAGAGAUUGAUUUCGGAUUUAUCAGAACAGGGAAGCAUUAACAAAGAUGAGGAAAAUAAAUCAGAAUCCCAAAAAGGAAUUCUUAUUGAGAAGAACCUGAAGGUAGUGGAAGAUUUAGAAUAUGUGAAGUAUAGUCCUGAGUCCAAUGAGUUCAAGGAUAGAACAGUAGAGACAUCAUCAAAUGUGAAGAUCUCUGACAAAUCUGAAAGCAGCGUAGAAGGAAAAGAACAUCGCCAAGGUGAUAACAUUCCUCUUCUUUCUGAAAGUGGGAGCAAAGAAAAGGAAUACGAGGGGCCUAAAAGGCUAAGUAAAAACCUCAACUCAUCUCCCAAGCUGAUGAUGCUGGAAAGCUAUGUCCUUCAACUUCUUUGCGUGCAGAAGCUACCAAAAUAAUGCGUCUGGAUAGAAUCUAUGAAAGAAAGGAAAUGUUCAUCUUCCCAUGCGAAGCCUUCCUUGGCAUGAAUGAAGUGUCUUCAGCAGCUUCAGCAAUAAGUCUUGUGCUCCUUUCUCCAAGCAUCUGGUAAGGCGGACCUGUACUGUUUAAUGUUAAUAUAAGAAAAUUAGCCUCAAAAAGAAAAAUAGAAGAGAGAGAGAGAUAUAUACAAAAUGGAGAUUGAAGUGGCAAGCAAGUAAUGUUUAAUUCUUGUGGGCACAUUCUCAGAUGACACUAAUACCGGUAUAUGAGAUCUGAAUUUAAAAAAAUAAAUAACUCUUUUCCUAAA